AUGCUGGUGGCGCCGCGGCUCUCGAGGGUCCGACCUCGGAUCGCUUGGCUGGGCAGCCUGGUGUUUUGCCUGAUAAUCUGGUCGCUUCUAUCCGGAUCGAGGAGGGCGCCACGGCUGUUGACCAAGGGGGCCAUUCAACAGAGGUUUCCCUUGGCUUGGAAGCAUAUCCAGCUGUCGGAUAAGAAAGGAGGAGCCUGGUUCAUCCCCAAAUCAUGGCAGGGCGAACAUGCCGAACCGCAAAACAUCGUUGAAGCAGCCCAGCUGGCCUCCGAGACAGCCAAGCUAGUCCCCUACUCGAACAUUCCACUCAUCGUCCACCAGAAAUGGAACGACAACGACCUCUCCAGAUUGAAUGACCAGCUUUUGACCUACAUCGAGACAUGGCUUCGCUACAGCAUUUCGGCAAACGAUACGUACCGCGAGAUGGCCUACUUCUGGUGGGUGGACAGCGGAGUGGAUAUGCUGGUCAAGGAGAAGGAAAAAGGCUGGGUCGAGGAUUUCCACAAGCUCUUCUCGCAGGUCGAAAAGGUGGACAUUUUCAGGAUUCUAGUCUGCAAAUGGUACGGAGGCAUUUAUGGCGACGUGGAUACCGUACCGCUCCAACACCCUGCGGACUGGAUCCGGGAAGAAGAUGUAUCUCUCUGGACCGACAGCGUGACAGGAGACACGUACGGCCAGGAGUUCCAGGCGUCGGACGAGCAAAAGACCAAAGACCCACCGCGGCCGGUGAAUCUUCUCUUGGGCCUGGAAGCUGAUACGGAUCCGAAAUCAGACCGCCACUGGCGCAUGGGCUACAAUUUCCCGGUCCAGCUGACCAACUGGGCGAUGGCGUCGGCGCGCCAGCACCCCGUUCUGUACCGAUUCAUGGACCGUCUGCGGGACCAGCUCAAGAGGGAGUCCAAGGAGGCGCUGCAGACGUCGAGCGGCCGACAAGCCAAGGAACACGAUCCUUUGACGCGCACGGGUCCGGCUGCCGUGACAGAAACCGCCAUGACCUGGCUCAAGAAGCAGGUCGGGCUGAGGUGGAACGCAUUGACGGGCUUGAAGGAUGGUGGGCGGGCAAAGCUGGCAUCUGAUGUCCUUGUCUUGCCCAUUACUGGAUUCAGCCCUGGCCGCGGCAGAUACGGUAAUAUGGGCUCCAAGCCGUACACGCACCCGGACGCCAGGCUGGCUCACCACUCGAUGGGAUCGUGGCACCGAUUCGAUGCCGUCGUUGAAUACGGCAAGUUUUGCCGGACGUUUUUCGGCAUGUGCAAGGAGUGGAGCAAAGUUUCGAGUGCCUGA